UAUUUAAACACAUAUAAGCGAACUUCACUGAGUAUCUUUUUCGGAUAAUGGUAACAGGUAUAACAAAUUACUUUAUAUAUCUUAUAUUAAUAUAUUCCCUAAUACCCACCUAUAGCUACCGUAGUGGUUGCUACCGACUACACUAUCAGCUCUUUUUUUACCUUUACCUAGUUUAUUAUAUCAUGAUGUAUCGUGUGUAGCUUGUAAAUAGACAUAUUAAUAAUUAGACUACGUUUUAUAUAUCUGUGGUUGUAUUACACAAACAAUGACAAGGACACUGAUGUGAUUAUACUGUACACCACUGUAUGGUUGAUGAUAUUAUCUAUAAACCUUAACUGUAUCCCUGACCCACCUAACUAAAAGACCGUGAUCUGACCGAUUACUACCUCAGCUACUCUAUCAUGGGUCCAACAUGGAUAGAAAGACAGAUAAUACUUGGUGAAUACCAAGGAAGAAACUAUUGUAUUUCUUUAUUAAUAUGUAUUAAGAUACCUUAAUUCGUGAUCGUGGCGCACGAUUUAAGAUAAUAUUACGCUCCUUACUAGAAUAAUUUAGGCUGAUCAACGUAAACAAUAUAUAAAUAUUAUUAUCGUAGUACGUGAAAUGAGAACUGGUCACGAAAACGUGCAGAUGACCGCCGCAUGUCAAGUGGUCAUUUCUCGUUGGUGGUGGGUAAAUUGUUUCGCGCCAAAUAUACAAUUUAAAAUUCGUAUUUUUAUAUUAAAAAUGUAGUGUAUGUAUUUAAUAUUUAAAAAAAAAAAUACAAUUGACCGUACACAAUAAAAACAUGAAUUUAUUAAAAAUAAUAAUAAUAAUAUUAAUGUAUAAAAAAUGUACAAUAUAUUUUAUAAAAAAAAAAUCGUUAAAGGUAGUCUUCGUCUUCACUGCUGCUACAAUCGUUUUCAUUGCGGUCAAUUGUUAAAAUAAUGGGCUCCAAUAUGCAAUCCCUGGAGCCUUCUUUUUCAAAGUCUAUAUUUUGAAGUUUUUUUUAGUGUCUUACACAUUUUUCCCAAUUUUCUUUAGUAACUGCAUCUAUGGCUUCGUGCAUAAGUUUUUCGACAUCGGCCAUUUUAAAUGUAGUUUUGGUUGCAAUUUCACCUUUUACCUGCGCCCAAAUUAGUUCAUUUGGGUUGUAUUGACAGUGAUAAGGCGGAAGUCUAAUCACUUCAUGCCCCAUUUGAUAUGCCAACUCGUCCAAUUGGUAUCGUUUUUCACGCGAUUUUGCCAUUUUCACUUUUUUUUCAAGUUCCGCUAAGGUGAAGGAGAAAAAUCGAUGCAUUUUUGCUUAGCCACUUUCGAACAUCAGAUAUUUAUGUAUUUGAUUUUGGUACAUUUUCCACUAGUACGCUGUGAUAUGGAGCAUCCAUGACAAUUACACAUGGCUCCUCAAAUAGUUGCAGCAUAUUUUGAAACAGUACAUGAAAUAUUUGACUAUUCAUCUGUGAGAGGUAGUCUCUGUCAUUUUUACUCCAGAAAAUUAAUUUUGAGCCGGAUAUAAAACCAAAUUUAGCUGCCCCAGCAUGACAUACAAUAAGACGACCACCUUUACCGGUUGGCACUUUAAACACUUCACUAUCCAUAUCGUUUUGCCAAAUAUGGUUUCUUUAAUGGUUCUGGUUUACUCAAAUUUCAUCUAAAUAAAUGGUCUCGCAUCACCACUGGAAGGUAAAUUACACAUUUUAUAUGAGGUAGGUAGGAUAUUAUAUGUUUUCUUAUAAUAAAAAAAUGUUUUAAAUCAAACUAAACCUUUGUCAUAAAACUCAUGAACAGUUCUUCUGACCAAAUCAACGUUGAAAUCGUCAAUAUCUGUAAUGACCUUUUGUUUAUACGAUUUCUUCGGUGACGCGAAUAGGCUUCUUAAUCUCGGUGUAUCAUCGUUUUUAUAUUUCUUUACUUCAGCAAUAAUAUUUUGAAUACUUCGUUCGCUUAUUCCACAUGCUUCUGCAGUAAUUCUUUGAGUUUUUUUUAAAAAAAUCGGCAGAUAAAUUAUCUAUAGUGGAUAAUUUUUUAAAAAAAACGUAUACCCGGUAAAUCACUUGUUUACUUUGACUGUGAAUAUCGUAGUGUGUAAAAGACGCCAUUUCUAAAACUCGUGAUCAAAAAUUUUAGGUAUGCGCAGGUAAAUUUACAAAAGAGCACAAUAGCGCACUCGCCAAGAGUCAACAAAAAACAGGGACAUUUUAAAAAUUGCAAUUUAGUUGUUCUUUUCAAAGCGUAUAAUACCUGUCCCGCCGGUAGUGACGCACCUGAUAGAUCAAAUGUUGAGGCCUACUGGUUUUUAAAAAAAUUCGACACGGCGCGUGGCGGUCAUCCGUACGUUUUCAUGACCCUUACAGUGUACAUAUUUAUCAAUCUAGAAGAGUUAUUCAAUAAUAAUUAUGUUUUUAUAAAUUUUAAUUCAAUUUCAUACACAAUAAUAUUAUAGGAACAAAAAAAAUGUAAGCAAUCCAGUAGGUACAUAACGUUAUAUGUAAUUUUAUUAAAACAAUUGAUCGAAAUAAAUUAUUUCAAAUUUUAAAAACAUAAAUUAAUUAAGUAUAAAGUCACCCUACGUAACUAAUACAAAUUAUCAUAUUAUUAUAUUGAUAUAUGAUAAUUAGAACGCAGUAGAUGACUUGUCACUGGACGAUACUGCCAGUGACAACGUCUCACAAAAAAUUGUAUACAAUACGCACGGUUCUGUAGACUUGUGAAACGAGUAAGGACAGACGCCAAUUAUGGCUUUAUCUAUUUACGCGCCAACUUUAUGCAGUUAUAGUCAAUAGCUCAAUGCCCAGCACCAUCUAGUUUUGUAUAAUCUGUGCAAGUAUGAUAAGUUUCUUAUCAGUUGGCAUUCACUUUUAAUUGGAGUACAUAAAAACGGAGAAUUAGAGAAAACUUUUUUUUUCAAUGAAAAAAUGUAUACAAUUUUGGUUUUUUUUCUAAAAAUUUAAUUUAAUGAAUACUGAUAAAAAAUUUAUUAUUUCUACAGCAGUAAAUAAAAAAUUUAAACAGUUCAAAAAUUAUUUGUAUUGAUUAUUAUUAAAUUGAAGCCACCACAAAAUAAAUACUACAAAGGUAAAAAACAUACCCAAGGUUUAGUUAUAACUUCCUUGCAUAGACAUAUUAACAAAAGUAAAUUGUUUUUAUUCACUGCUUAAUUGAUAACAGUUUGAUAAUAUCGUGAUUCGUGGGUGGAAAUGAAUUAUUUUAAAUUUUAAAUUUUAAGUUAAUAUUUAGCAGUUAUAACUAAAUUAUUUAUUUAUUAGUUGAUUGUGAUUAUCGGAUGUAAUACCAAAUUAGUUACUAUUACACUAUAUAACAUUAUUACACUUGUACUGUAUAAAAGACCAAGUAAGUUGUAUUAAUUGUAACUCUACUGUAAAUGCCCUACAAUAUUGCCUGGUUCAUUGUAAUGUUGACAAGUUUAAAAUACUUAUUAACUAUGUUUGUGUUAAAUUAUUACUGAAUUACUAAAAUUAUUUACUUAUAGGUACUUUAUAGUUGUAUCGUAUACUUAUAUGAAAUAUAUAAUUUAAUAUUGAAAAUUAAGUAUUUUUACCAAUGAUAACUAAUUUUGAUAUUAUUUUUAAUGUAUUGAUAUUAUCUUAUAUUUAUUUCAGCAUGUCAGCAGAUAAAAGAACUAUAGACUGUCGCCUGCAACUUUUACAAGAAAUGCGAUGUCAAAAUUAUGACAUGAUACGUUUUGCAUCUUAUAGAACAGCUUGUAAACUUAGAUAUGUCCAAAAAAAAGUUAAUUGUAAGUUAAAUAUUUUUUUAAAUUUAAAAAUAUCUUAAUAAAACUAAUUUAAUAAGUUUUCAGAAAUGACCAAAUAAUUAUUUUUAGUAUAAAUAAAUAUGUACUAAGUAUUAUAGAUAACUAAUAAAAAACAAAAUUAAUUAAUUAUUUGUUAAUUAAAGUACCUAUAAGUAGGUGAGACAGUAUAUAUCUAUUGUAAACAAAUUCAGAUAAAUAUAAUUGAUAAGUUAGUGACAUAAUGUAAAUAAUGAUUGAGUUGAAAUAUUUUUUAACAUAGAUGACUGAUGAAUGAAAAUAUUAUUAAAAUUUUGAAUAAAAUGUAGUAAUUUUACAAUUUUUAGUUAAUCAUUAACUACAUUUUAUAUUAUUUUGGACAAUAUGUAUGAAAUGUGUUAUGUAAAAAUUUUAAUAAUCAGAUUUUAUAAAUAUUUAGAGCGAAUGAUAUAUCUUUAAUAACAUUUUUUAAUGCAAAUGUAAAAUUUUCUGAAAAUAUUAAUUAUUAUAACCACAGUAAAAUCUGUAUUUAACGGAUAGUUACGGGACCAUGAAAUAUGUCUGUUAUAGAGAGGUGUCCAUUAUAGAUUGGUUAAGACAGGUUUCACUGUACUAUAAUUUUUAAAGACCACAAACAUUUUAUAUUUUGAGUGAAAAAAAAUAUUAGUUUUAUUGAUAUUUCUUUUAAAAGAUUUCUUAUAUACACUGCUGUAUAAAUUAAGUUUCAAUAAUUUAAAAUUUAAGAUCUACUUCUGAAAUGGUAAAAAUAUUAACUUCGUUUAAUUUUAUUUCAAAUUAACAAUAAUUUACUUUUAGUGUUUUUGAUUUGACCAAAAUAGUGCACAUUAUUAUUAUUCAGUGUACAAAAUCCAAAACUUGUGUAGUGCUAAAAAUGCUAUUAUUAACGUAAUGUGCUUUAUUUACAACAUUUCAACAGAUUUACAUUGUAAAGCACAAAUGUUUAUUAGAUUUUGAGCGAAACAAGAAAUAUACUUUUUAUGAAUAACUUUUUCAAUAGAAAUUUUGUUCUGAUUUACAAAUUUACAAUUUUCAAAUCGUAAAUAUAACUUUCAGAACAUUUCUUUUAACUGAAUUUCACUCAGAAUUAUUUUUCAUUAGCAAUGGUUUGUUGUUGCUUACGGAUAAAAAUUAAAUAACUUAAUGUAUCCUAUAUUCUUACCUUUUCACCUACUAGAGUAACAUACUCUUCUCUAGUAUCAUCACUUUUUAUAAUUCAAACUCUAUUACUGUAAUGUUUUAUAAUUAACUAAUUUUUAAUUAUAUAAUUUAUAUUUAUCAAUUAUUACUAUUCUGGUUAAUUAUUUUUCUAGUACAUAUGAUUGACAUAUGGAAUGUUAUUGAAGCAUUUCGUGAAAAUGGAUUAAAUACAUUAGAGUCUCACGUGGAAGUAAAUGUAUCAAAAUUUGAAACACUUUUAACAAGUUUAUACCGUAAUUUGAAUAAACGUUUACCUACUCACCAACAUGUACAUGAUGAUUUAUUAACUACAAUACUUCUUAAUUGGGUUAUGUCUGUUUAUUCUGCGUAAGUUGAAUUUAUAUUUAGUAAAAUUAUAAACAGUGUAAAAUAUAAUGAUAUUUUAUAUUGUAUGUAUAUUUGUUUUAUUUUAUUUUAGUAAUGAUACUAUGGGAAGGAUAAGAGUGUUAUCAAUUAAAGUAGCUUUAGCUACGAUGUGUUCAGGAAAACUUAUGGACAAACUUAGAUGUAAGAAUCAUCUAUUAAUUAUAUCUUUAAAUUUUUAAGAUUUAGGAUAUCUUAAUUUUAUUUUAUUUAACUAUUGCUCAAAUGGUCAAUUUAGGAUAAGUAACAUGUGUGUAGACUCUUUAUUACUCUAUACUAUAGAGUGUGUAAUAUGUAUAGAUAUACAUAAAACACAGUAUGUUUAAAUCAGAUUAAAUAUAGUAACAAUUAUGGAUAAUAAUAUAGGUUAUGUAAUUUUUUUUAGAUGUAUUUUCUCAAAUUUGUGAUCAAAAUGGACAUAUGGUAGCUUGGAAAUUUAAAGAAUAUCUACAAGAAGUAUUAGUACUUCCAUCAGCUGUAUAUGAAUCUCCUUCCUUUCAUUAUAGUGAUCAGAUACCAGCUGAAAUAUUUUCCGGAGUAAAUCAUUUUUUAAUAAAUAUUUAUUGUAAUUCUUUAUGUAUAUUUUUAAAUUUAUUAAUAAUAAUUUUAGUUUUCAUAAAUUAUUAUUUUUUCUUAUUUACCAUUUGUUUUAAAUAUAUAGAAUGGGAAAGUAACUGUAAAUGAUUUUAUGGAUUCAAUGAUGUCAGAUCCUGGUCCAGCUUGUCUUGUUUGGUUACCAUUACUGCAUCGCUUAGCCAAUGUUGAAAAUGGUUUGUACAUUUUUUUUUUUUGUAGAUUUAGAAUACUAAAUAUUUGUUUAAUUUUAGUCACACAUCCUAUAUCUUGUGAUGCUUGUCAUCGUGAUAAUUUUACGGGAUUCCGAUAUCGUUGUCAAAAAUGUCACAGUUUUCAAAUGUGUCAAGAAUGCUUUUGGAGAGGACGUGUUGCAUCUAGUCAUACCAUUGAACAUGAUGUAAAAGAAUACACUAGUUAUGUAUGUUCAUAUUAUCGCUGUUUAUUUUUAUAUUGUAGAAUAUUUUUUAAUUGAAUUUGUUUAGAAAUCUCCUAGUAGACAAAUUGGUCAUUCUCUUCGAAAAUCAUUUCGCUGUGUACCAGAAAAAGAAAAAGCAAAUAUUCCACGGUUUCCUGAGGAACCUGAAAAGACUAUUAAUUUAUCUCAUAUUAUGUAAGUUAUUUUAUUGUAUAAUUUAAUUCAAUUUUGUUGAUUGAUUUCAUCUGAAUGACAAAUUAAUUCAAUUGUAGACCACCAUCUCCAUUGCCUUGUCACAAUGGUUUCUCAGAAUUAUCUCUUAGUAGUCAGUUUAAUACUUUGGAUAGUAAAACAAGUUCAAAAAGGUAAUUAAAUUUUUUUUAAUGUUAAUUAAUAUACAUAAUUUCAUUUAAUAAAAUUAAAAAUUAUUUCUUUAUAUAGUCCUGAUAAACGAACAAUGAGUUUAGAUUAUACCUCAAUGGAUGAUGAACAUAAAUUAAUUGCAAGGUAUGCUGCAAGAUUAGCUGCUGAAACUAAAGUAGUAAGUUAUUUUUGUAUUUAAUAACCAUAUAAAAAACUAUUUUAACACAUUUUGUAUUAAUAAGUAUUAUUAUUUUUUCUUAGGGCAGAGCUCCAUCUGAAGGUUCUUUAAGUUUGGAUACCUCUAGAGCUCAGAGGGAACUUAUAAUUCAACUAGAAUCUAAAAAUAGAGAAAUUAUGAAGGAAAUUGCGAGACUUCGGUAUAAUGCUAUUCUUUAUUAUGUUGAAUAAUUGUAUUUUAAUUAUAAGAUAACUUUUUAACAAUGUAGUAAUCGUUAAAUUUUAAAAUUACUAUAUUUAGAAAACAACAAGAAAUGGAAGGAUUUACUUCUAGUUUUUCUGAGGAUAAUCCAGCCCUUAUGAGUGAGCUUCGUGCUUUAAGAAAUCGAAAACAUGAAUUGGAAGCACAUUUAACAUCUUUACAAGAUUCUAGAAGACAAUUAAUGUUACAGUUGGAGGGACUAAUGAAACUUUUAAAGGUAAAUUAUACAAAUAAUGUACAUCUAUGUAAAUGACUUUAUUGGUAGUUGAUUAUACAUCUUAGCAUUAGUGAUUUUGACUAAACUUCAAGGAUGGUGUUAGUAACAGAUUUACGAAGAAGCUUGGAGUAAAAUUUUUGAAUCACCCAAUGAAGCUCAUCUUAAUAUCUGCCAAUGAAGGGAGGGGGUGAUUUAAAAUGCCAACCACCUCUCCCAAGUGUAUAAUUUAAAUUACAAAAUCUGGCGCUGGUUCCACUAACCUCAUUAAAUAUAAACACAUGUAUAAUGUAUAAAUGUGUUGUGCAUCAUUGAUCUAUUUAAAAUAUAGAUACAUUGCUAAUUAGAACUGAAAACAAAGCAAUUUGAUAUUAAAGUAAAUCAUUUAGGUAUUUUUAAUAUUAAAAAAGCAUAUAAAUCACUAAGUCUAGAGAUACUUCUUGACUAUUUACAAAACAAUCAAUAAUUGAAUCUACUGAUAUGUCCAUUUCUCGGUGUAUUUGAAGUAAAAUUAAAUUGCCUAGUUGGUCUUGCAACAUCUUCGUCUGGAGUCGAGUUUUAAGUCUAAAACAAUGAAAUAUAGCAAUAUAGCAAUCCAAAAAUUUGAACUAGCUGUUUAUUUGACCACCUAAUAAAAAUAUGUAAAAGCAUAUAAAUGUCUUUCAUAGUUACUAUUGUUAAUAUUUUUUUUUAGAAAUUACCAUAUUAAAAAAAAAAAUAAUGGUUUUUUUGAUAAUCUUACAAUUAUUUUUUAGAAUCAUCAAGGUUCUCCACGUUCAACUCCAAAUUCAUCACCUCGCUCAACUAAGUCUCCUCCUCCCUCAAAGUCAGCACCUCCUACACCUGGUGGAACUUUAACUUCAGCAUCAUCUUUAUCACUUAUGUCAACUUCUGAUUCGUCUAUGGUUGGUGAUGUUAGAUCUGCCUUUACUGGCAACUCUCUUGCAAGUAAGAAAAUGGUAUAUUUAUUACACUAAAAGAAAGUGUUUGCUUGCUUGUAUUUGAUGUACACCCAAGUACAUGGAAUACAGAAACCAUAAAUUUUGAACAUUAGUUGACUUAUGGGGGCCUACUGCUCUUUGUCUUUUCUCAUUGAAUAUUGAGGUACAUAAAUAAUUAGACAAUGAAGGGUAAUUCUGCUAUGAGUGGGAGUAGAAAAAGGGAGAGUAUAUUCUUUUUGGAUAACUUAUUCUAACCAAGCUAGUAUUAGUUAAGUUAACUUAGUUAGCUAAGUUUAUAUAUUAAAAUGUACCUGUGUAAAUUUAUUUUUUAUUUUUUGUUUAGAUACACCUGUUAAUACAUCUAGUUUAAGUACUAGUGCAAAUGGGUCAAUGGCAUGUGGAAAUCGAAGUUUAAGAAACGAUUUGUUGGUAGCUGCAGAUUCUGUGACAAAUGCUAUGUCAUCUUUAGUUAAGGAAUUAAAUUCUGGUAUAAACUAAGAGAUAGUAAUAGUUUUAAUGAAAUUAAUCUACUUUAUAAUGCUUUAUAUUUUAGAUAAAAUUAAAAUUCUAAUCUUUAAUACUAGUCAUUAUUGAAUUCAUAGAGAGUCCAGUAAAUGAAAAUGCAUCCAACUCUGGGAUUCUUAAACCAUUAGGUUACAAUAAGAAAGAAGAUGAUAGUAUAAAAAAUAAUAAAGAUUUUCGAAGUAAUAGUUUAUCAAGAAGUCAAUACAAUAAAGUAAGAUAGUUAUACAAUUUAUCAUUAAAAUGUAUUAUUUAAAUAAAUUAUAGUGUUGACCAUAUUAGUUUUUUCAAAAAUGUUUAUAAAUAUGUUCCUAGAAUGAUAUUAUAAAUUGAGUUUUCAUGUUUUCAUGAGUUAUCAAAAAACAUUUUUAUUGACACAUCAAAAUAAAUUACAUCACAUAACUUAAAUAAUAAUCAAAUGUUUGAAUUGUCAUGACUAUUAUUGUUUUAUACCAAGUUACUAAGUUGUUAAUUUGAUAGUCACACAUAUCUUACUAAUGUAAUAUAUAUAUAUUAUUUGUAUUAAAAAUAUUAAUAUUAAUAAGAUGGUAUAUUUAAAAUAAUAAUAUGUUGCAUUUGGAAUGUUGAAAAAUUAUUAGCAUAGAAUUAAUGUUUUUUAAUUAAAUAACUCCUCGAUAGUUAUUUAGCAAUUCUCAAAAUAUUUGGCAUUGACCUAAAGAAUUAAAAAAAAAACCUCCAAUAUAUAUUUUAUGUUCAAUUAUAUAUUUAAAUUAAAAGGGUUCAAUAAAAUUAUUGAAGUUUUAACAUUUUCUUUUUCUACAAUAAAAUAUAUUUUCGACAAAAAAAAAAAAAAAAACACAUUAUAAAACCUUCUUUGUGUAUAAUGCAGAUGAAUGAUAUAUUUUAUUUAAUUUUAUUGAUCUUUAUGAAAAUGUAUGAAAACUUAUAAUUUACAGUGAUAGUUUUAAAUGUAAUUAUUUGCAUAGAAAAUUAUUUAUCUCUUAUUUGGUUUCUUCUUAUUUGGUUAUUUAUCCAAAUGUAUAAUGGUAUUCAAAUUAUAUUUGGUUGUUUAUUUAGAUGAGACAUGCUACUAAUUCAGGAUCAAAAAACAAUUUAACUGAGCCAGAUUCUAUGACACGAUGGCGAUAAUUUAUUUUUCUUUAUUCUGGUAGUUAAAAAUUAAAUAUCCUUGAUUCUACUUAUACUAUUCAAGAUUUUUACUUUCUAAAAUAUUUUAACUUCAGUCGAUAUUAUACAACAAAUUAUAACUAAGUAUUAAAAAUAUUUAAUUAUGUCGUUACUUACUGUUUGUUUUUAUUUAUUUAUCAUGUUUUAUGUUAUAAAUCAACUUGUAAAAAAUCCAUUAUUAUUAAACAAAUUAUUGGACUAGCUGUAAAUAUAACUUAUAAAUUAAUCUAUUAGACAUUUUUACCUAAUAGAAACUAGAAAGUAUUAGAAUUAUUGUCAAAGUUAACUAGUUAUGACUGCAUUAUUUUUGUCUUCCAUAAUUUAUUCUAUAAAAAAAAUAAUAUGUGGUAUUCUGUACUUAAAAAUGUUUACUGAUUAGUUGAAGUAUACUUACAAAGUAUUUUUUUUUUUGGUUUUAUAAUUUUAAUGAAAAUUCAAGUCUUAAGUUUUUUUAAAUAAUCUUAUAAAUGUAUUAAAUAGGAUAGAACAGAGGUUCCCAAAGUAUGGGUCCUGUUAUUAUAUAUUUAUCAUAUAUAUUUUUGAAUACAUUUGUCAUUGAUAUUAUUAUGGGUCGCCAAAACUUAAAUUAUUUCCAAAAUGGGUCGUCCCAUAAAAGUUUGGGAACCUCUGGGAUAGAACAUAAAAUUAAAAUUUACUAAUUAUAAUUAUUUUUAGCAUUAUUGUUUUGUUUUUUAAUGUACCUACAAUUAAUGUAUUUUAUGUGAUUAUGUAUAUUUCUCUUAUCAAUUAAAAAGUACAAAAAUAAAGUAUUACACUAUGAUAUUA